GAUUUAUAACCUUAAAAAGUACUCAUUCGUGUUUAAUAAACAUUGACACAACAGUGGAAAUUAAUCUAGUAAUUAAAUUAGUAGUAAUUGGUGUCAGCUUGACAUUGUAUUAAAUAAAUGUCAAUAACUGAAGUUAUUGACUCCACUGUCAAUAUUAUAUUAUAUACUUUUAUAUUAUACUAUAUAAUGUAUUUUAUCACAAUAUUUCCAAUAAAUAAUUAUUAAAUAAGAAUCUACAUUUCACAAGAUAUGUCGGUGGAUAAAAUUAGAAAAAAAUCAAGAGAUCAAGGCGUAAAUGUUGUGACCGAUUCUGAUAUGUCCCACAGUACAACAAAAUCCAAAGAUUCAUCUUCUUUAUUGAGUGGACAAGAUAUUGGUCGUGAAAAAUCUUUGGAUAAAGUUAAAAACGAGCUGAAAACAGUAAUUGAGCUUAUGGGACCCACUACACCACAUUUAGAACAUAGCAGCGCUGAUGAUGAAUCGGCUUACACCAACGAAACUGGUGAUCAUAAAAUAGAUCAUUCUAACAAUGAGGAUAAAACCGUUACAGAAGAUCAGCCAUUGACAACCGAUUGUGAUCAAUCUAUAUUAGCCACUGAUAACUGUACAAUGCAAGAUACGGAUAUAUCCAUGGCUUUAGAUCACUCGGUAUUAAUGGAUAAUAUGCCUGUUAAAUGUAUUUGUCCACCGCCAGCUUUGCCAGCUGAUAUAGUUUAUAAUUCGGAAUGUAUGUGUCCUCAAAUGGCUAACUAUAUCCAUAGUUACAACGCGAAAAGUAGAGUGGAGAAAAAAAAAUCAGACAAGGUUAAUGUCUUCAGCACUUUAUUUAAACAUUUUAAAGACAAAAAGAACAAUUUAACUCGAAAUAGAGGAUAUUAUACAAUCAAUAUACAACAAUCACAAAAAAAUUUUGCUCCAAAGCGAUUAGUUUUCGAUUUAGUUGAUAAUAUAGCUAGCGACAACAUUUACGAAAACGAGAAUAUUACAUGUCCUGAUACAACGAGCUGCUUUCAAAUACAUAAUGAAUCCAAAUAUAGGAAACACGAAAAAGUAGCGACUCAGACAACGAAAAAAGAUGGUAUAACUAACGAUCUCCUACCUGUAGAUAGUUCUAAUAAUCCCUUGUUCACCAAAAAGAAAAAAUUCAAUCAAAAAACUACAUAUACCGAUUUGAAUGGUGCCACUCGUGUGGAUGUUUAUUAUUUCGAUCACGGCUGUGCUAGUUAUUUUCGUACAACAGAUAGAUCACCGGUAAUAGCUACGGAAGACUUUGCGGAAAAAACCGAAGCUUAUACGACCAAAUUUUGGGCCGAAAUAUUCGGUAGCUUCAAUAUCGGUUGUUCUUUUUUGAUAUCGCUCAUACUUCAAUUCGUGAGAUUUUUUUUAUACAGCAUCUUGAGACCUUUAACAGUCGGUCUUAUUCAGUUAAUAUCUGAUUACUUUUUCAAACCUAUCCUAACCACACUUUUCAACGCGGUCAUUCAACCGGUGUUGAUAUUUUUUUAUAACAUUGUAACUUCUUUGAGGGAUAUUUGUGAUCCCUUAGCAGAAGCGAUCGGGUAUUUUUUCAGAGAAUUUGCGGUAUUGAUAAGGGCGUUUAGGAUAAUUGAAGUUAAUUCUAACGGGGGCGAAACGAUUUGUAAUAGAAACAUUAAUAAAAAGAACAAAUUCUUGAAUAAGAAUAAAACUGAUAACGGUUUUCAUGAAAACAAGGUUUGAUUAGGGAAAAUUCAAAUAGAUUUUGAUAUUCGUGUUUGUUUUUCUCAACUAUUGAAACUCGAAUUCUAUCAGUACUCUCUACUAUCGGUGGAGAAUAUAAAUACAUAUAAAAAAGAAUAAAAGAAUAGAACAAAUUAUUCCUUCAACAAUAUCUCACUGACUAUUAAGUUUUCCUUUUCUAUGUUUUUUUCCAUAUUUCGUCUUUAUAUUUAUUGAUCUUGUUUUUAUGCAUCCAAACUAUUUGUUAUCUAUUUUCUUCUUUAUCUACGAGGUCUGGCGAUUAAAUAACGAGACUGGUUACGAAAAAGGGUUUUAAUAUGAAAAAUAUUCUACAUUCGAAUGCUCCCCUUCAAUAUAUUCCCCUCCCCUCGCCACACACCUUUCCAUACGUUUUUUCCAUUGACCGAUGCAAUGCUGGAAGUCUUCUUUGGUGAGGGCCUUUAUGAGCUUUGUCGUUUUUUGCUAUACCGCUUCUAUCGACUCAAAUCGGAUCCCUUUCAAAGCAUAUCUUUUUCUAACCCUAAUCUGAGCAGACCCGUUGAUGUAAGAGCUUUUGGUCAGGAGUCAGAUUUUUUGGCGUCAACUUCGCACAGACUUUUGUCAUGUGUAAUUCCUCGUGUAAAUUUUUUCUAAUCGUUUCUUUAUCGGCGUUUACAGCCUCGGCAAUCAUCUGGAUGCUCGUUCGACGAUCGGCAUGCAAAAUUUAGUUGAUUUUUGUCACUAUUUCCGGAGUUGAAGCAGUCACAGGGCGACCUGGGCGCUGGUAAUCUUCAGUACUCUCUUGGCCUUCACUAAAACGCUUACAAUACUCACAAACACGCUCACGAGAUAGAGAAUUCUCCCUAUAGGUCUCUUGCAACAAUUUAUAGCACUCAGUCGGAGUUUUUUUCAAUUUAACGAGAAAUUUGAUAUUGAUUACCCCACUCGUCUAGGGCGCCUUUUAGGCGUAAUUUAAUAGCCAGACCUCGUACUUUUAAUGUCAUAUUUGCUCCCAAUAUUUCUUUCACUAUCUUUAUAUCUAACUUAUCGUAUCCGCUAGAAUUAGAAGCUUCUAAGAAUUUUUAUAUAUCGAAAGAUUCUAAA